CAAGAGAAUCAAAAGUAAAGGCCGGACGAUGACGGAGGAACAGCCGAACGCCCGCCGAAAAAAAGUCUUGGCGUAGUCACGCUUUCCCGUGAACUUCAACAAGCCCUCAGACGACCUUCAAAUCACUCCCCGUCUUGUUCUUCCGUCCAUUGGCCUCGCGCAGCAUGUCCUUUCGGCCGAUGUUCCAGCAGCGGGCUGUGGCCCCCAUCGCUGCCACUCUUUUGGCUGGAGGUGUAGCCUUCUAUCCCCGGCGAACCGCCUUUGCUGAGGAGCCUAAGAAUGCUAGGAAACCUAUCUAUGAUGACUUCCCGGCCGAUAUCCCGGAACCCACGAAGACCCUUCCUCCUGCUCCUCCCAAGUCGUCCCCAUCCUCCUCCUCGUCCCCUACUCCUACAGAUAUCUUGACGGCUCAGGUCCGGCACGCCCGUCUUUUCCUCUACGAAAACUCCCUCGCCGCUGAGAACUGCUUCAACGACUUCCUGUCCCGGGCCCUCCACAUCGAGAACGCUUUCACCAACACCAUCGCUUCGUUGGCCCCGUCGCCCGAGUCCGGUGAGCGUCUCCUCCCCGGUGGCGCCUAUGUCAUCGUCUCUGCCAUGGCCGGCUCUAUUGUGUCCCGCAACCGUGGUAUCUUCCUGCGCACCGCCUCUCCGCUCGCGUUCGGUACCGUGGCCGCCUGGUCCCUCCUGCCCGUGACGAUGCGCAACAUCUCCGACCUGGUGUGGGAGUACGAGAAGAAGGUCCCCGCUGUUGCCGAGCAGCACCUCUACCUCCGUGAACGGGCUGAGCAUAUCUGGUCUACUGGCGUGGCGCACAGCGGCAUGGCGCGGGCCAUGAUGGAAGAUAAAAUCGGAGAGACUCGCAAGAAGCUGGAGGAGCUGGUCAGCAAGGGUCACUAGAUUAUUCCCUUUUCAAUCUGUCUCUCCUCCUUUGUUCGGUUGUUUUCCUUGUAGCGGAUGCCAUUUGAAGCCUGUGCUGCGACUAUCGGCUUGGAUGGCUUAAAUUCCAUUGCAUAUGUGUACUUUAAACAGUUAGAUUCAAAGACUCCCUGUUCGGCACAUUUCGCCUCGUAUCUAAAAUUCGGUGUAGUAGAAAGGGGUGCGCAGCAUCGCUGUGAAAGAUUGACUGAAAUUGGGAAUCCAUCAAUUGGUAUAUCAUACCCCACUCGACCAUCGUAACUC